UCAAAUUGAAGAACCUCUAAUACACAUAACUAAAAAGAUGGGUUGCUGGUCUGCUGAGAAUGCUACAAAUGCCUACCUCAAAACCUUGAGAAUGGGCAAAAAAGCAAAAGAGCCAGAUGUAGCUGAGUUCAUCUCAGCAUUAGCAGCAGGCAAUAAUGCACAACUAAUGGUUGUGGCAUGUGCCAGUUCUGCCAUUUCCAACGUGCUAGCCCUAGUGGCUGCAGCUCACCAAACUGGCGGUCUUGUCAUUUGCAUCCUUCGUGAUCACGAAGAAUUGCAAAUAUCCAGACAAGUCCUAGGCUUGGAUGCCUGUCACAUUGAGUUUGUUAUUGGAGAAGCUCAAAAUCUUCUGUUAACCAACUAUAGUGAAGCAGACUUUGUACUAAUUGAUUGUAACCUGGAGAACCAUGAAGGCAUUCUUGGAGCAGUUCAAGCUAGCAGGAAGCGAAAUGGCGCAGUUGUUGUAGGUUAUAAUGCAUUUACCAAAGCAUCGUGGUGGUCAAGUGGAUCAAAAACCCAGUUGCUGCCUAUAGGAGAAGGGUUAUUAGUAACUAGAAUAGCUGCGAGUGCCAAGAUUGGAAAGAGGAGCAGUCACUGGGUUGUUAAGGUAGAUAAAUGCACUGGCGAAGAGCAUGUGUUCAGAGUCAGAUUCCCACAAGGGAAACAAAUUGAAGCUUGAACUUUCUUUUAAAGCUUCCUUGGCUGCACAGGAGUAAAUUAAAAUUUUGAAAUUUUCUUUUCAUUUUCUCCCUUUUCUUGCUAGGCCAGCCAGAGGAAGCAUGAAGUUUUAGCUCUAAUUUAGAGUAUCAUAUGAUUUAGUUCCUUAAAAGAAUCGCAUGUAAGAUGUAAAUUGCCAUCUAUAUACCUCCAAUAGGGUUAAUUUA